AUGGUGACACAGUCAAUGCUUUUGGGCCUUGUUCUUAUUACGGCGAGAAGAACAGGCAGUCUGAAAUGUCACAUAAGUAAUGUUCUUCACUUGCCUCAUGAAUGGUACCAGUCAGGUGACCUCCUCAUCGGUGGGCUGAUUUCCCAGAUCAUUUAUGGAUUCAGAGAAUUGUCAUUUGAUGAUGAGCCUUCUCGACGCCAAUUUGAAUUUUCAGAUGUGGUCACAAAGUUCCACCAGCAUGCAUUUGCCCUGGCCUUUGCUGUGAAGGAGAUAAAUGAGGACGCAAGGAUCUUGCCUAAUGUUACUCUUGGAUUCCAUAUCUACGACAGCUACUAUGAUGCAAGGAUGACUUAUCGGACCACUCUGGACCUGCUCUUCAAGUCAGCUAGCUUUCUUCCCAACUACAAAUGUUCCAGACAGAGGAACCUGAUAGCCAUCAUUGGAGGACUUGGUUCUGAUACCUCUUUCCAUAUGGCAGACAUUCUGGGUCUCUACAAGAUACCACAGCUCACAUAUGGAUCAUUGGUUUAUUACACCCAAGUCCCUUCAUUUUAUUCCAUGGUCCCAAAUGAAGUUCACCAAUACUCUGGAAUCAUCCAGUUGCUCCAAUAUUUUGGGUGGACAUGGAUAGGGCUCAUGGCCCUUGAUAAUAACAAUGGAGAGAAAUUCUUGCAGACCCUGGAAUUAUUACUUUCCCAGAAUGGAAUAUGUACAGCUUACACAGAACGAAUCCCGCAUGAAAUUAGUUUGGAUAACUUGGAACCAAUUAUUGAUAAGGCAUCCAGUAUCCAUGUACCUUUAACUGAUCAAAAAGUCAACACAUUUAUUAUUUAUGGAGAAUCAGUGACAAUAGCACGGCUGAGAGCCAUUAUAUUUGUGCAAGAUCCUACAAAUAAAGAAAAGGACUCAUUUAGAAAAGUCUGGGUCAUGACAAGUGGGAUUGAUUUCAUACUCCCAGGCCUUCAGAGAGGUUGGGAUCUUGAUUUAUUCCAAGGAGCCAUUUCUUUUACAGUUCACUCAAAAGAACUUCAGGGAUUCAAAAAUUUUCUCCAGAUGGUAGGUCCUUCCUGGGCCCAAGAAGAUGGCUUCUUUAAGGAUUUUUGGGAGCAAGCAUUUGAUUGUUUUCUUCCAAAUCCUGAUAUGUCAGUAAAGCAUGAUGAAAUAUGUAGUGGGAAAGAACGUUUGGAAGAUCUACCUGGGCAUCUGUUUGAAAUGCACACCAUUGGACAUAGCUACAGUAUCUAUAAUGGUGUUUAUGCAACGGUUCAUGCUUUGCAUGCCAUGUUCUCAUCUAAAUCCUUCCAGAGAUCCAUCACGAAGGACAAGUCUGUUGAAUUUGUAGAACUUCAACCGUGGCUGCUCCACUCAUAUCUUAAAAGGGUUUCCUUCAACAAUUCAGCAAAUGACUUGGUGUCCUUUAAUGAGCGAAAGGAAAUAAGAUGUGGAUUUGACAUUGUGAACACGGUCGCUUUUCCAAACAGGUCCUUUGAAAGAGUGAAAAUUGGAUGGAUAGAUCCAGAUGCACCCGGUGGAGAAGAAUUCAGAAUUAACGAGAACAUGAUUUUGUGGCACAGAGUCUUCAAUCAGGUCUGUCCCCUUUCAGUAUGCAAUGAACAUUGCCAUCCUGGAAAUCAAAAGAAAAAGAAGGAAGGAGAGAAAUUUUGCUGCUAUGACUGUGUUCCCUGCCCAGAAGGAGAGAUUUCAAACAAAACAGAUAUGGAAAAAUGCUUCAAAUGUCCAGAAGACCAAUACCCAACCAAAGGAAAAGAUGACUGCAUCCACAAAAUUGUGAUAUACCUUUCUUACAAGGAACUUUUAGGGUUUACUUUAGCCUCCAUUUCUGUUUCAUUGUCAUUGGUCACUGCUGUCAUAUUAGAGAUAUUUCUUAAGCAUAGAGAUACCCCUCUGGUCAAAGCCAACAAUCGGGACCUCACCUACAUUCUCCUUAUCUCCCUCCACUUCUGCUUCCUGUGUCCUCUCCUGUUCAUUGGUCAACCCAAUGAAGUAACUUGCCUUCUCCGACAACCAACCUUUGGCAUCAUCUUCUCCGUGGCUGUUUCUUGUAUCUCAGCCAAAACCCUCACUGUGGUUGUAGCGUUCAUGGCUACCAGGCCAGGCUCCAACAUGAAGAAGUGGGUACGGAAAAAAAUGGCAAUCUCUAUCGUCCUUUUCUUCUCUCUCAUCCAAGUUGCCCUUUGUAUCAUCUGGCUCGGAACUUUCCCCCCAUUCCCACAGUUGAACAUGCAUUCUCUAACCAAGGCCAUCAUCAAUGAAUGUAAUGAAGGUUCUCCAGUCAUAUUCUCCUGUGUCCUAAGCUACAUGGGCUUCCUGGCCCUUGCCAGCUUCUUUGUGGCCUUCUGUGCUCGCAGAUUACCAGACAGUUUCAAUGAAACCAAAUUCAUUACCUUUAGCAUGCUAGUAUUUUGCAGUGUUUGGGUACUAUUUGUUCCAACUUACUUGAGCUCUACAGGAAAAGCCUUGUUGGCUGUGGAAAUCUUCUCCAUCUUAGCUUCCAGUGCUGGAUUACUGGGAUGUAUCUUUUUCCCUAAAUGCUACAUUAUUCUAUUGAGACCUGAGAUGAAUACUAAGGAUCAGCUAACAAGAAAAAAGAAUUAG